GAAAAAACAAAACCUUAAAAAAAAAAAGAGAGAGAAAAAAAGAGUUACCAAAAGAGGGAGAAAAUAACAAAGUCCAUGGAUUCAUCCUCCUCAUCUCAUGCCAUUUCAUUCCACCUUCAUUCCUAUUCUCACUACGUGACUGCGUGCGUUUAGCUGAAUUUUCCCCCCUAAAAGAAGAAGAAGCUAUUCUUCGCCAACCCAAAACUCCCAAAUCCAGCCACAAACACAGAUCUCAUUCUCUAGUUUUUACUAGUAUUUUUACUACCAAAUUAAGAUACUCCCCAGCAUCUUUCUUCUUUUGGUUUUCCAUUCGAUCUCUUGUACUACUACUAAUCUAGUUGGCAGUUGGGAUUCCUCCUUUUUCAACUGAGCAAGAAGAACCAGAUUCCUUGCUCUACACCUCAACUUCUGCAUUCCCAUAAUUCCAUUUCUUCUUUUUUUGGUGUGUGUUGCAAAUUUUGGUGGGGUAGUUUUAUACUCUGGAACAGUUGCUAAAUACGUACUAAUUAUAACUGCUUCAACGCUGGUCGUGGAUAAUCUGCGCUCGAAAAAAGGUUGGGCAAUGGACAUGUGUUUAGAUUGCUUAUUGUAGAAGAAGGAAAGCAAUGAAGUCCGAUCCAGCUGGGCUAAUAAUUGGCAUUUCUAUAGGGGUGGUCAUUGGAGUGCUUUUGGCUGUCCUCGGAUUUUUCUGUUUUAGGUACCAACGGAGACGUUCACAGAUUGGGAAUAGCAGUUCUAGAAGGGCUGCAACCGUUCCAAUACAUCAAAAUGGUGUUGAUUCUUGUGCUCCAGUGUCAGAUUCUUCUAUUGGUUCAGAGUCUCCUAAGUCCGUCGUGCAACAUAGCAUUUCAUUUUGGCUUGGCGGACUUAAGAAGGCUUCUGUGAUCUCUGCAUCAGGGAUAUUGGAGUACUCUUACAAGGAUCUGCAGAAAGCAACCUUUAAUUUUACUACAUUAAUCGGUCAAGGAGCCUUUGGUCCUGUCUAUAAAGCCCAAAUGAUGACCGGGGAGACUGUUGCUGUUAAAGUGCUUGCAUCUAAUUCUAGGCAAGGGGAGAGGGAGUUCCAGACGGAGGUUAUGUUACUUGGGAGGUUGCAUCACAGGAACCUUGUAAAUUUGGUGGGCUACUGUGCUGAAAAGGGCCAGCACAUACUUAUAUAUGUAUACAUGAGCAGAGGCUCUUUGGCUUCUCAUUUGUACGGUGAAAAAAACACACCUUUGAGCUGGGAUGUAAGGAUGCAAGUUGCUCUGGAUGUGGCCAGGGGCUUAGAAUAUCUCCACGAUGGGGCAGUACCUCCUGUGAUACAUCGUGACAUUAAAUCAUCCAAUAUUCUGUUGGAUGCAUCCAUGAGAGCCAGGGUAUCGGAUUUUGGCCUGUCAAGGGAGGAAAUAGUCGACAAGAACGUCUCAAACAUUCAGGGGACUUUUGGAUAUCUUGAUCCUGAGUACAUAUCAACAAGAAACUUUACUAAGAAAAGUGAUGUGUACAGCUAUGGGGUAUUGCUGUUUGAACUGAUUGCAGGAAGAAAUCCACUUCAAGGACUCAUGGAAUACGUUGAAUUAGUAAGUGUUUCGAUUUUGCUUUACCUGUAUUAGGAAAAGAAAUUCAAUGACUAUAGAAUUAGAAGCUCACAUGCAUUUGUAUUGUAUGUUUAUAUACAACUGAUUUCACCUGGUAGUAUGAAGUUGUGUGUAUGUAUUCCAAGUUCAUUUUCAUGCGACAUAGUUCUUUGACCUUUACGAAUUAUGAUCCCUUUCUUAUUUCUGUCAAAUUUUGUUAAAUCUCUUCAACUCAAGGAUAGGAUGAUCGCUUGAGAUAUCCCUUUUCAGUAGGCAUAAUCCUUUACUUAGCUAAGUGACCUUUUGAUUACAGGCAGCCAUGAAUACUGAAGGAAAUGUUGGAUGGGAAGAAAUAGUAGAUUCCCGACUUGAUGGUAAAUUUGAUUUGCAAGAACUCAAUGAUGUGGCAGCACUUGCUUACAAGUGUGUCAAUCGGGUACCUAAAAAGCGGCCUUCCAUGAGGGACAUUGUACAGGUGCUAUCACGAAUUAUCAAGAUGAGAAACCAUUCGAAGCAGCAUAGGAAGUCUUCAUCAGCAAGAGUAGAUGAUAUUACAAUCAACAUUGAUCAGUUAGCCCAUCGAAGUCCUCACUCUGUACAUCAGCGUGUGGAAUCUAUGGACAGCACGGCUGACUCUUGCGACAUCUAGCUCACACUUAGACAUUUGUGGUAGUUUAGUUUGUUCUUGGCUCAUUGUUUUUGUUUUGUUCUGUAAAGUAUAUGCUUAGGAUACACAUAGGGAAUGCAUCAGUCCUUACUUGAUAACUGCUGCUAGAGAGAGUGAGAGUGUCUUGUCUUAUGAUCUCAUCUCACUGUAUAAAUACCCUUCAUCUUCUUCUCUUCUGCUUAACCUCUUGUACAUCCUUGUCUAAAAGAUUGAAAGUAAAAUCAAACAAGACAAAGGUCAGCUUCCGGGGGAACUUCCUGCGAGUAACAGAGAAAAUGCAGACUCUCACACAGUUAAAUUGUUGAGUUAGAAUGUGCCUUUUCCCCUUUGUUGGUUUUCCGAUGCAUGUUCGAACUCUAGGUUUUAUCUUCUUUCUAUAGACCCUUGAUUAAAUUCACUUAGUAAUGAUUGUCCAUUGUGAGCAUUGUUGAAAUUUUUUAUUUUGUUAAGGUAGAUUCUAUCUUCUUCACAUUGAUGAGGAUGGGAAAAAAUGGAGUUGUGAAAACUUUCUGUGGGCUGAGAGGCAAACAAAAAUACAAUAGUUAAGUUGUAAAUAUUACUACCUCUAUCUG